AUGACAUGGAACAUGCAUGGAAACAUACCCAACGGCGAUCUUGAGAUUUUGUUUGGUAAUGUGGGGACGUAUGACCCCCCUAUGCCUGCUUGGGAUGAAGAUCAUGUGGUCACGCAGAAUACAACACACGGCUACCGCGCGAAGGGACAAGCACAUAUACCGCAGGCGUCUCGCUUACCACAGCUUCCAAUGGACAAGGAGCACCCAUAUCACUUGGUCGUGAUCUGCUGCCAAGAAUGCCCAUGGGGUCAUGGCGGGCAACUCACUACAGGCCUACAUACAGCGGGCGAAAUUGGAAGUGUGGCUCGUUCUCGAACUCGCGUAUACAAGGACAUUGAGACAUCCAAACUUGCUACAGCCACAUCACCAACCCUAGCGGAGCACCCUGACGCGGCACAUCGACGCAUGCCCGGCGUGAGCUUGGAUCAUUUUCUUUCCAAACGGAAGAGCGUGAGCAGUUUACGGUCAGAUACCCUGUCCAUUGAUACCUCUCUUGCCUCAACAGAGUCGAUCGUCGCUAAUGACGAUACAAGGACCGUAUCGCUGCAGGAUGGAACGCAGGUGUAUGUUGCUUCUCGUCCUUGGACCAAGAUUUGUCAGGACUGGCUAUGCAAUGGCGUGAAAAACCCUGCGUCUGCUAUGAUGAUGUCGCCUACGUCGGACACACCGCAAGUGGCGAUGGACGGCACUGCGAUAUUGCCUCUCAACUCCGGCGAUAUCUCUGCGCUCUCUACAGAGAUGGAUGCAUGGGUCACGCCACUCAGUCCCACUAGCAACAAAAUAUCACCGUCGUCCAUGAAGGCGCCGCCUGAGCAGUUAGGUCCCUAUGUACUGCUGGCCAAGGAUCGGAUGAUGGGCUGUUACUCGGCAGUAUACGUCUGGCGUGGGUGUGCCGACCGUGUUCGAGGUGCCAGCACAAAUGUGGUCAAAAGUGGUCUUUUGGCUGGUCGUAUGGGAAACAAAGGCGCCAUUGGAAUUAGCGUAUGCCUAGGUGAAUCGCGACUACUUUUCAUUAAUGCUCACUUAGCUGCGCAUGCGCAUAAACUUGAUGCCCGCUUGGCCAACAUUGCAAAAAUCAAGUCAGAAUUGAAUGUGGAUACAUUUUUACCGCCUGAGGACCCGCGGAACCACUUGAAAGAUGUUACAGAGAAGUUCGAUCACUGCUUCUGGUGUGGUGAUUUAAAUUUCCGAGUGGAUGUGACGCGAAAGCAUGCUGACUGGCUCAUAAAGAACCAUUCGUACGACGAUGCAUUGCAUUUCGAUCAACUGCACAGAGUCCUAGAAGAAGGAUUGGAGUUGCAGGGCUUUCACGAGGCGCCUAUUAGCUUCCCACCUACGUACAAGUAUGACGUGGAGAAAGCCAAGCGACACCGACGCCGGCAUAUGCACAACGCUCUUCGACAUACCUCUUCCACGCCAUCCGCAGAUACACCUACCAUCGUUUUUUCGGAAGACGACGAGAGCGUGGCCGACGAUGAUGACUCUACUUCCGUCAUAGAGGAAAAUGACGAAGAAAAAAAGCGGAAAUCGCUUUGGCGUCGAUUCCUACGCAAGGUGGAUAAGUCUGAAAAAGAGAUAACGCAGGAGGCCAUUGCUCGACAAGACGAAAAUUUAGCAACUCUCACGCGCACUUCGUCUGCCUCGACGCUGUCCGCCGAGUCGGAGAGCUCUUCGAUCCUGGAAGAACAAGAGCAUACUUUUCCCAAGAAGCCCUCAGACCCCACCUUUCUCACUACGCUGACCAAUGGCCUCCAAUCUCUGCGCACGACAGAAAAUGCAAGUCAUCAAAGCCCAGCAGGAAAUCUCAAGGAUGUGGAUGUCCAGAGUAUUUCGAGCACGUAUGAUUCCAGUGCAAAGCAGCGUGUGCCUUCCUGGUGCGAUAGAGUGCUAUGGCGCAGCAAUGUCGGUAUCGACGAGCAUGAGCAUACACAAAGACCGUCGAUUGAAAAGAUGCGUUCAAGAAUUCACCACUGGCUACCUAGGUAUAGGCAUGGGCACCAUGCAAACACGGACGAGGCCCUGCAUGAAGCCAAUGCUACGCGUCACAUCAUGCUGCAUGCCCCACUAGAUUGGGUGCAGAGCGUGGCUGACAUGGGCAAAGACAACCUUCUCAGCGCAAUAUGUGACGACCAUACCUUAAUGCCAAGCCAGGGCCAACUACGAGUCAUUGAGUAUCGUACUAUUGACGAUGCCGGCGUCCAAGCGCUGGGGGCACGAUCUGAUCACCGGCCUGUCAUUUUUAGUGCAGCCAUAGGCAUAUAA